AUGAUUCGCAUUACUUGGUCCGGCAUUGUCCUUUUAUGCUGUUCGUUCUCUCUUCGUGCACUCAAUCUCAAUGCAACUUCUUCCUCUUCUUCUUCUAAAAUCUUGGUCCACCCACAUCAGCAUCCCAAUCCGCAAGCUGUUGUCCACGAUGUGAACCGGAGGGUGAACGAAUCCGUCACCAGAAGGCAGCUCCUUGCGGUCCAGGUGAAGGACCAGUGCUUGACGGGCAAUCCGAUCGACGACUGCUGGCAGUGCGACCCGAAUUGGGAAUUGAGCCGCGAGCACCUAGCUGACUGCGCGAUCGGGUUUGGCCGUGAGGCCCUGGGAGGCAGGGGCGGCAACAUAUAUGUUGUGAGAGACCCAUCCGACCCGGACCCAGUGAACCCGCCCCCUGGCAGGCUCCGCUACGGUGUUGUCCAAGCUGGAUCCCUCUGGAUCAUAUUCUCUGGUAAUAUGGCUAUCAAUCUCAGUUAUGAGCUUCUCAUCAGCAGUUUCAAGACCAUCGAUGGCCGAGGAGCCAACGUGCGGAUAACAGGUCUCGGUUGUUUGAUCAUUUAUGACGUCACCAACAUCAUCAUCCACAAUGUGCACAUUCACCACUGCAAGCCUUCUGGGAAUGCCAAGAUCCGGAUUAGCCCGACGCAAGUUACCGAGAGGGGAAGAUCAGACGGCGACAGGAUAUCCGUCUUAGCUUCAUCAAAAAUCUGGAUUGACCAUUGUUUCCUGUCGGAUUGCACAGGCGGUCUGAUCGAUGUCACUGAAGGAUCUACAGCAGUCACAAUAUCCAGCAACAUGUUCACCCACCACGAUAAGGUGAUGAUGCUGGGUCACAGUGAUGAUUUCACGACUGACUCAGGGAUGCAAGUGACUGUUGCGUUCAAACACUUUGGCGAAGAGCUAAAGGAGAGUAUGCCACGGUGCCGUUUUGUAUACAUUCAUGUUGUGAACAAUGACUACACUCGGUGGAAGAUAUAUGCUGUUGGAGGGAGCUCCAAUCCUACCGUUAAUAGUCAGGGGAAUCGGUACCUCGCGCCGCAGGAUGAUAACAACAAGGAGGUGACAAAGCGAAUGGACACAGAUGAGAGCGAGUGGAGGAAAUGGAAUUGGAGAUCGGAAGGUGAUCUGAUGGUGAAUGGUGCCUUCUUUGUGACCUCUGGUGCGGACAUGAGCCCCCUGUAUGCUGAAGCCUCUAGUAUGUCGCCCCCGUCGGCAAGCUACAUCAAUCAUCUCACUGCGACUGCUGGUGUCUUUGUUGUACAGAGGAGUGACGCCAGGAAUGUGACCAAUCCCUCCGGCGGCGGUGGGAUUGUGACAAAUCCUGCCGCUCCCGGGUCAAGCGGUGGGCUGUGA